UAUACCUUCCUUCCUUCCGCUUCUCCUACCACAGUCUAUAUCCCUAUCUCUCUCUCUCUAUCCGUCACACACACACACACUCACAGCAUACAGCUGUUUAACUAUACAAACACUGAAGAUGUCUGGCUCUCAGUGUUUUGAGAAUCCACCAAUCGUCAGCUCAACCUGUGGAGCAGGGAGUGUUCAAGAACUUGGAGGCUUCAAAACUUACGUCACUGGGUCACAAGAUUCCAAGCUUGCCAUCCUUUUAGUUUCUGAUGCUUUCGGGUAUGAAGCUCCGAACUUGAGGAAGCUCGCAGACAAAGUUGCUGCUGCUGGAUUCUUGGUGGUUGUCCCUGAUUUCUUAUAUGGUGAACCUUUCAAGCCUCAUCUGGAUCGAGAUUCAUGGAAAAAGGCUCAUAGCAUGGACAAAGGAUUUGAAGAUGCUAAAACAGUAGUUGCUACUUUGAGAAGCAAAGGAGUGUCUUGUAUAGGAGCUGCAGGCUUUUGCUGGGGUGGUGUGGUAGUCACAAAACUAGCACGAUCUGAUGACAUUAAGGCUGCAGUUGUAUUGCAUCCUGGUCCCCUUACAGUUGAAGAUAUAAAUGAUGUCAAGAUUCCAACUGCGAUAUUGGGAGCUGAAAGCGACAGAAUUUUCCCACCAGAACAACUAAAGCAUUUGGGGGAGAUUUUAUCUGGAAAAACUGAAGUUGAUAGCUUUGUGAAAAUAUUUCCUGGUGUUGCUCAUGGAUGGACAAUGAGGUACAAAGAUGAUGAUGAAUCAGCUGUCAAGAGUGCCGAAGAGGCUCAUGGGGACAUGUUAAAUUGGUUUACCAAGUAUGUUAAAUGAAAUUAUUCUACAUGAAUUCGGGUCUGAAAAUGUAAACGUUUUUGAGUUAAUAAACCGAAUCAAGAGAUUGCUAGUAUGGGGUUGGAUUUAGCAUAUCAUAUGUAGUCCGAGAUUAUAAACUUUAUGCACUGGUAAUGUAAGCUAUUGUAUUCAAGUUGAUGUAAUGUAUGCAGAACCAGUUUGAUGUUUAAUGUUCCAGAUGAUAUGGGAAAGAAUCUG